AUGGCAAUCCCAAAUGCCUCCAACAUCUUCAAAACACUAAGCCCAGAUUUAGUUAUUUAUGACAUCAACCAGGCAUGGGUACCAACCAUUGCAUCCCCGUUUAAUAUUCCGGUAGUUCAGUUCAUGACUACAGGAACUACAGUGGUUUCUUAUAGCAUUCAUUUCAUUAAGAACCAUGGCGGUGUUGAAUUCCCAUUUCCAGAAAUUAAGCUUCGGGAAUUCCAUGAAAAGCAGUAUCACGAUACGCUGUUGUCUGCAGUAAAUCAUCCCCAAAACAAACAAGAUGCCCCUGUAACUGGCAAACCAUCUUGCAACAUCUUGCUGUUCAACACUUUUAGAGAGCUUGAAGGAAAAUACAUUGAUUAUCUGUCGGUUAUAAAUGAGAAGAAGGUUGUCCCUGUUGGUCCCCUUGUUCAAGACAUUGUCGAUGAAAUCGAGCAAUCUGAGAUCAUGCAAUGGCUUGACAAGAAGGGUGAGUCCUCCACUGUGUUUGUUUCCUUUGGGAGUGAGUAUUUUUUGUCCAAGCAUGAGAUUGAAGAGAUAGCCCAUGGCAUAGAGCUUAGUAAGGUUAAUUUCAUAUGGGUUGUUAGGUUUCCUAUGGGAGAGAAAGUUGAGCUUGAAGAAGCACUGCCUAAGGGGUUUCUUGAGAGGGUUGGGGAGAGAGGAAUGGUUUGUAGAACAGAAUCUAUAACUGAGGCAAACAGAGGAGGAAAGAAAUACUUUUAUUGA